UAUUUCAAAACGUACACACUGGGCAUGCGCAGUAGACACGUAAACGAAAGUAACUAAUGCAUGUAUGAGCAGUUGUGUUUAUGCUUUUUAAAAAAUCUCAGCAAGCGAGACGAGCUUUAAUAUCCACUAAAGAGCACAUUUAAAGAGUAAAAUCCGUGUUGUGCGGGUUCAGCAGCAGCAUGUUCACCUCCCAAACCUCGUCCUUCCAGGAUUCUAUUGACGUGGAGGAGAGAGAUGACUUUGACAGCGAAGAAAUUUCAGGAUACAGCCAGAAAAUUCAGCUCAAUUGCUAUUAUACCAUCUAUCUGUAUCAAGGCACCAGAUCUGAGGCUUCUGGGGAAAAUGUGGCAUGGAACCAGAGACGAGCAGACUCCACAACCAGUCAGGAUGACUUUAGCCUGACGCUGGUCGACAGCAGCCUGCCGCUGGAGGCAGAACCAGAGCUGCGGACCUACAUUUCAAGGAGGCUGAGCAAAGGAGCCCUGCUUGGAGGGAUGGGCAACAUCGCCACUGUGGAACUCAGUAUUCCAGAGCAGGCCGUCGGCUGCUACUGUUGUCUCCUGGAACAGGAAAGAUCUCCUGAACAGCCGGACGCUGACGGAAACGGAUAUGUGAUCUGCUUCAUGGGAGGGUCUGAAAAAGGGCUGAACUUAUUCAGACUGGAGCUUGAUAAAUACGUCCAGGGCCUCCAUAGCAGCCUGCAAACCCCAGAGCUGCAGAACCUUGAGACAGAGGUGCGUCCUUAUCUGAGCCAGUGGUUCGAGGAGUCUGUGAUGCACAUUUAUCGAGUGGUGCAGUUGGUCCAGAACAACAUCAGCUUCCUGCUGCACGCUGCUCUGAGUCACACUCAUGUGGACGUCAUCAACUCAGACGAGAAGACAAAGACGGACGUGACCAGGUUCAUCAAAGCAGCCAGUCUGCAGGGUCUUUCCCAGCAGGACGCCACCACAGCGUCUCUGUGUAAGGCCAUCUCAGAGGACACCCAGUCUGACCUGAUCAUAGACUGCUCCACCAGCCCCCCCACUCUCACUAACACCGUCAGUAAUCGUUUCUGCGAUGACUGGAUUCAGGCAUUUCUAAACGCCGCUGAGCGUUGUAACCCCUUCCUGCUCAGGCAGAUUCUGGAGAACUUCAAACUCAAGGCCAUCCAGGACAUGAACAGUCUGAAGCGCUUCGUGCGGCAGGCCGAGAUGAGUCACUACGCUCUGUUCCGCUGCUGCCAGUUCCUGCAGGGAUGUGGAAACGGAGAUGUGCUGCUACAGAACGCCCGAGCGGAGCACAGCGACCUGCCCGAAGCCUGCAGCAUCAUCGGCGUGCUGGAGGAGUUCCUCAGGGAACGGGAACAGGCUCAGGCAUGAUUCCACCACAGGAAGGUUCUUUAGAACAUCCUAAACCUACACUACAUCCCAUCAAAAACAUUAGAUUGCCUGAUAAAAAAAAAUGAGUAUGUCAGCUACAGAAUUUAAAUGAAUGUUGUAAAACUUUUCUUUGCUGAGUCUAUUAAUGCUGCAGAGACAGAGGAGUGGUUAAAUCUGUACUGUAAAACACUGAACAUUCACCUUUUCUCAGCUAAUCUGUCGUUUUUUGACUAGUGGUAGUUUUUGGAGUGUUAACAUUAAGUUGUUAAUUGGAAACUAAAAUAUGAAACGUAAAAGACUGAUCUGAACACAGAUCAUUUUAGAUGCAGCUGUAGGCGGGCACGUUCCUAAACCUGUUCCCUCAUGGUGUGUGUGUGUGCGUGUGCGUGCGCGUGCGUGUGCGUGUGCGUGUGCGUGCAACGAUACUAUGAACCAAAUCUUCUUUCUGGUGUUUUGCAGACUGACAAUGAUCUCAACAUAGAACUGAUCCAAAUGUUUAUUUAAUGUCCAAAUACAGUUUUAUUAUUGUUCAGUUCUUUUUUUUUUUUGAUUGUACUAGUUUUCAUAUUGCAAAUGCACAAAUCACUUUUAUGCAUUGCUUGUUAAAUAGAGCUUGUUUUUGCUUCAAACCUGCACUACUUUUUAUUUUUAUCUGCUGCGUGUGCAUACUGGAAGUGUCUGUGCUGUCACAGACGUAGUGUGCUUUAUAGGUGUGAUGUGUACUUUAAUUAUUUCCUGUUUACAACCGGCUUCACCGCAAACAGAACAUUCUCUCUGUGACCAUUCACUACAUUUACUAAACGCUCUGUGAUACCACGUCCUAAUAAGUAGACCAGGAGUGUCAAACUCAUCUUAGUUCAGGUCCACAUUCAGCCCAGUUUGAUCUAAAGUGUUCUGGACCAGUAGAAUCACAGCAGAAUAACCUAUAAAUAACCACAACUCCAAUUUUUUUCCCUUUGCUUUAGUGCAAAAAGAUCACAUUUAGGGAAUUAUCUUUUUACAAAACACUAUAAACAAGCUAAAAUUUCUUAAGAAAAAUUAAUUCAAUUUUAGCAACAUUAUUCCUCAGUUCAUCAUUUCCACAUUACAACUUAAAGAUCACAGAGUGUCUACAGAGGAACACAACAUUUAGUCACAGCUAUCUGGAACUGAACGAUAUAAUAUUUUACUUGAUGACCGAAACGACAAAAGUCAGACAAAAAACAACAAAGACAAGACAAAAUAUUACAAAAAUGAGACAUAAAACGACAAAACGAGAAACGAAAUGAGACAACAAAAAAAUAGACAAAAAGUUAGAAUGCAACAAAAAAACACAAAACGACAAAAACGAUACACAAAACAACGAAUAAAGCAAAACGCAAAAUGACAGAAAUACGACAAAAAACACAAGCGAGACCAAAAGGAAACACAAAACAACACAAACAAGUUACACAAAAACAAUAAUACAAAAAUGAGACAAAACAACAACAGAGCAAUCUACUAUUUUACUUUAUGAUCAAAACAACUUGUCAUGGUCUAGAAAUUAUUUUAAAUUUAUAGUUUUUCUAAUUUACAAUCUGCAGCUAAUGUCUUCUCUGUAAUUUUACACUUUUUUCAGCUUGUUAAUCGUGUUUUUACACUUUGAGGGCCGGUUUUGUCCCACGAGCCGCAUGUUUGACACCCCUGUUCUAAUUAUUGAGUUGAUAUUGUAAUCUAAGUUAUCUUUUCCAGUGUGUAAUUGUAAAAAAAAAAAAAACGAGCCACAUGUCAAUAACAUGAGGACUUAGUUUCUGUUUGCCUGCAGGAAAUGAUAAAAGAGAAGUUGUAUUAUUAGUAUUUUUACGUUCCAUAAAACCCAUAAAGGUUUUAAGCUCAGAUCAUUCCCCUUAAAUCCAAAGUGUGUAAAGCAGCAAUAUGGGUGUUAAUGGUGUAACGUUUCAACUGUGAACCUGUGGCAUUUAAAGUUACUGUGACCCACAGUGCUGAGACUCUUCUGUCAGUUAAAAAUGAUCACAUAAGCUGAAAUAAACCCCACAGUCCAACCUC